AUGGACAGCCUCCCCAUUGCAUUUGGCAAACAAAAUCAACAACCAUCUACAUCGACCAAAGCCAAGAAGCCAAGGCCCAAAAAGGCCAACGGCGGGCCGUCACAUCUCUCGCACCCCCAAUUACCCCCAAAACCGCCCCAAUCAGCUCAGGGUAGAGGAAGCAACCAGACUGAGCUCGGCCGGAGAGGAGCGGCAGGAUCAUCUUGGAUUGCAGGCGCGGAGAAGAGAAAGGAAGAGGCGAAUGGAGGUGCUGCAAGCUCCAAGAGGCCACGUCAAUCGAAUGGGGCUGGAGCAGGACGAUACGAUGCCGGUCCGAAGGGGAAUCAUUCCAGACGAGGACAAAAUAUUAGGUACCUGCUCGCUGAGCACAUGUUUGAAGAUCCUUGGGCCAGGCUUCCAUUCAAGCAGAGCCGAUGA